UUCGAAACGAUCAUCUUCUUCCCCGUUUAAGGUCUCUUCACCGAUAUAGCACUGUCUAGUCUGGCGGCGGCCUCAUCUUCUUCCCCGUUCAAGUGAAAAUGGAAAAAACUAAGGCUUCCUCAAAAAAGCAGCAAAAGCGUGGUGUCGAUUUCAAGAAAAUUAAGCGGAAGCUUGGCAGGAAAUUGCCACCACCUAAGAAUGCUACAAACACUGAAAUUAAAUCUAAAGCAAUUAUUCUUCCUGAGCAAAGUGUGGCAUCAGAGAAAAUGGGUUUAGCUGUGAGCAAGAAAGGCUUGACUUUGAAAGAGCUACUUCAUCAAACUUCCCAUCACAAUGCAAAAGUUCGAAAAGAUGCAUUGAUGGGUAUGAAGGAUUUAUUCCUUAAGUAUUCAGAAGAGCUGAAAUUGCACAGAUAUGCAGUUAUAGAAAAACUACGUGAACGUAUCAGUGAUGAGGAUAAAAUGGUUCGAGAAGCCCUUUAUCAACUUCUCAAGUCAGUAAUUUUACCUAGUUGCAAUGAGGAUAAUCAAAGGCCUUUCAUUUCUUUAAUGAUGGCCUACAUUUUUAAUGCAAUGACACAUUUAGCAAUUGAAGUUCGGCUUAUGGCUUUUAAGUUUUUUGAUCUCAUUGUGCAGCAUUAUCCUGCUGUGUUUCCCUUGUAUGCUGAAAAGGUUCUUCAAAUUUAUGCGGAUAUUCUGCGGAAGAACCAGUUCUAUUUAGAAGACAAGGGCAAGCUCGAGAGUGCGCUUGCUGGUUUGGUGCGCUGCUUAUUGCUGUUGCCAUCUAAUAAAGUAGAAUUUGACUCAUUCAAGAAGGUAGUCCUGGGGCAAGAUUUGUUGCAUGCUUAUGAACCUGAUAGGCCUACAGAAUUUGCUGAUUUUUCUGUCAUCAUCAAUGAACUAAAGGAUUUCGUUCCAGUUUUAGUCAAUUGCUUCCAAGCCUUUAUUCCAUUAAUUCAUAGUGCGCUGCAAUUGGAUGCACAAUCAUUUGAUUGCUUACGUAACAUACUUCCUAGCAUUGACCUUAUAGUCAAAUUUUUUGUUUAUGCGACUGACAAGGGUAAUCCAGAAUCAUAUGCUUCUAUGUGGGAUCAAGGCAUCUCAUCAGUGUUACUAAAGAAGUUCCUAGGUGUAUUUCCUUUUAAUGUAGUGCACUCAGAAAAGGAUGAUGAUAGAUAUUUUUCCUUGAAUGUUAUGAUUGCUGAAAUAUUUUUGCACUUAAGUGAAUGGAUCUGCCCUCCUGCCGAGUUACUAGAGAAGUUUCUUGCAUUUAUAGAGCAUGCACUGCUUGAAAAGAUCCACGGUGAAACAAGGUCUGGCAAAGAAAAGCAGAUGCUUACACUGGUUCAUUUUAUGCCAAAACUUGUAGCACAAGUGAUAGGCGACUGGAAGUCUCGCCUUCUACAGGCAUUUACAAAGACAUUCCUUGAUUGCAAACCAGAGUCUUCAGUAAAAUUGGCUUGCCUUGCCGCAAUUGAAGGAAUGCUUUUUUCUAGAAAAGGAAUGUGGCAACCAGAUGGAUAUGAUCCAGAAGUAGUGGGCCCUCUUAUUACUUGGAUAAGAGAGCUACCUGUGUUGUUAAUCCUGCUUGGUGAUAGGCAUCCAUCCUCUUCUGAGGCUGUGUUGCAUCUUCUGCUUGACUUGGGUCGAUUUGCUUCACCGGGUUCUUUCCUUGCAAAGGAAUACGAUGAGGUGCAAAAGUCGCUACAAGAAUUUUACUGCACGUAUCAAGAAGGGGAUAAAUGUUAUGGUCCUUUCACAAGGCUUCCAUUGGAGCGUCAAAAACUCUCCAUCUAUAGUCUUGCUUACUUUUCCCACCUAGAUUCACCUUUGCUGACGUCAAUAACUUUAUGUUGCCUCCGUGACUAUUGCCUGUCCAUUAAUUUACAGUGUUGGCUAGCUUGGUUUAGUUACCCCUGCUGUUGAUGCUUUGAGGAUCUAGUAUAAAAUAGCUGAAUUACCUACAUUUAUGAAGUAUCAGGCUGUUAUAUUAUUUAAUUUCAUAUUUGAUGGUCCUCCUCCUGAUUUAGUCAUUGAAAACUUUAUAGCAGGCAUUGCAAGAAAACCCAUAUCUAUGUAUACAUGCACAUUUGCUCACUCAUGUAGCAUAAAUUGUCUCA